AGCCGGUGAAAAAAAAAUACUCGCUCGUAUCUUCUUCAACUGUAAUUGGGAUAAAAGUUAAAACCUACCCCCACCCCUGACUGAUCCCCCUCCGACCAUUUACUGUGUAAUUGGAGCUAAAUGACGACGAAGAAAAAGACGCAUGAAAAUAUCGGUGAGCGGUGGUGGCAUAUAGAUCUAAGAAGUUACCGUUAGUUACCCUGGAUGCGCCCUGACCUGUCAGUUAAACAUUUAUGGACGGUGGAGCCAGUGCGCAGAGGCAAUAAUAAUAAUAAUGGUUCAAUCCGAACCCCUCCCUCUCUACAAAACGGCUUCUGCCCACGUUCCGUUGGCCAAGGUAGAUUCCAAUCAACAGCGCUCUCGCGGCUAACCCCUCCGCCCUCACUACCGAGAACGCAAGGCCCCCUUUCCCCUGCUUGUUGCCUCAUGGCUUACGGAUACUAUGAGGCCUUGCAGAACGCCCGGGGGAUCGGCAACGGCGGUAACUGGACAGUUUCUGUCCCUGAACGAGCAAGCCAACCCGCAAAAUCAGCAUUCUGGUUUCGUGGAUUGGAUGCUCUGUUCGCUUGUCGAAUGGCGCUUGUACCUCACUAACUUCCACACCCUCAUAUCCCACGUGUCGUUGGAGUUAGCGGGUGGGCCCAGCUUGGGUGGGUGUGCAUAGAAGUCAGCGGGAAAAGAGGUCCGACCUCCUCAUAUAGUAUCUGUGCUGGUCCUUGAAUAUGGCGUUAUUGACCGAAGCAACAAGACGCUUAUUCCCUACCUUGCCACCUCUCUAAAUAUCCCAGCCAUGUUCGAUAUCAGAACGGCUCCGGAGCCAGGCCUUGAAGGUAACACCUAUGCAGUCAGGGCUGGAUCAGUUGCCGGUGGUGGAUCGACCGUCAAUGGUAUGGCAUAUGACAGAGCAUCGGUUGCCGACUAUGACUCCUGGGAAGAGCUUGGAAACCGCGGCUGGGGAUGGAAGGGCAUGUUUCCGUAUUUCAGGAAGAGUGCGGAUUUCACCCCUCCGCCAAAGGCGAUCGUCGAUAAAUACCAAUACACAUAUGACGAGACUGCUUACGGUCACUUCAGCCCUUUGCAAGUUACGCUCCCUCACUGGCAGGCUCCCGACCAGUAUAAGAUGGCGGAUGCCUUCACCGAGCUUGGAGUCGAGCACCUCCAGGAACAUGCCAAGGGGAACGCAAUUGGUCAAUUCUGGGCUCCUGCUACCAUUGAUGCCAAAACCAUGACUAGAUCCUCGUCAUUGACAGCAUACUAUGACAAAGCCAGCUGGCGUCCAAAUCUCAAAAUGCUUACUAAGCACCAAGUCACUCAGCUAACAUUUGAUGGGGACUCCACGACGGUUACAGGCGUGAAGGCUAUCAACAGAAAGACGAAUGCCGAAGUGACCUUCCGCGCGAGAAAAGAGGUUGUUAUGGCUGCGGGUGCUCUUCACACCCCUCAGAUCCUCCAAUUGAGUGGUAUUGGGCCUAAGAGUGUUGUGGAAGCUGCCGGGAUCAAGUCCAGAGUCGACUUGCCAGCAGUUGGAAGCAACUUGCAGGAUCAUCCCGUCGCGUACUUGAACUGGAAAGUUACUAACAGCUUCCCGGAGCCAAACAUCAUGGCGAUCAACGAGACUUUCGCUGCUGCGGCGUUGGAAGAAUAUCAGAACCAUAGAACUGGUCCUUACACAAAGUGCCAGUCUAACACAAUUGCAUUCCUCUCCCUGUCCAUGAUCACCAAUAACACUGAGGAUCUGAUCAAUGACCUGAAAUCGCAAGUAGCCUCCAAUUACCUGCCCGAUUCGUACACUAGCGAUCUGAUUGCUGGAUACGAAGCUCAGCGAACCAUCCUGGCCAGGCAGCUUGGAGAUGGUUCUGUCUCUGCUCUCGAGUUCCCAUUUAGUGGUUCAGGAAUGGUGCCCAAUUCGAUUCAGAAGCCUCUUAGCCGUGGAACCGUGUAUCUCAACCCUACAAACCCCCAUGGGGAACCUAUCGUCACAUACCACGCCUUCACAAACCCCUUCGAUCGUGCCCAGAUUGCCACCUUCAUUAAAUUCACUCGCCGCUACUUCAAGACAAAUGCUCUUGCCGAUAUGCAGCCCCAGGAGGUCUCACCAGGCGAAGACGCCCAAACUGAAGAUCAAAUCAUCGCGAAGCUCAUUGCGGGAGGCCCUCUCUCACUCUCCCCGUCUUUCGCGCAUCCCAGCAGCAGUUGCCCGAUGAUGCCCAAGGAGAAGGGCGGCUGUGUCGGUGCUGACCUGCAGGUGUAUGGAACGAAGAGGCUGAGUAUCAUCGAUGCUUCGAUCAUUCCAAUCAUUCCCAGUGCGCAUCUGCAGGCGACUAUGUAUGCUAUUGCUGAAAAGGCCUCAGAUAUCAUCAAGUGGAGAGGCUUGUGGCAAUGGGGGUGAUUGUGGCCGUCUUUUUGCCCAUCAUAAUGUGGAGGCUGUUUAGGUGUAGAUUCGGGCGUGUAUAUAUUCCAUAAUUCUAGACGUUAUUCUCUCCAAUCACAGGAAUACUAGAUAAUCA